AUGAAUAAAGCAAAAAUAAAUUUAAUGAUACAUGAAACAGAUAUAUUGUCAUCUAUUUCAAAAACAAAAAAAAAUAAAGAGGUUAAGCUUCAUCUUUUUUAUCUAUCCUUAAUAUUUCUUUUCUUUAUAUUACUUAUAACAUUGUACAUAUAUCUAAUACCAGGUUUAAAUAUUGAAGGGAAAAAGAAACUAAAAAUAUUAAUUCCUAAAAGCUUUAAAGAUUUAAUAAAUUUCAAUAAAAGAGAAAAAAUAAAAAUUCUAUAUGAUUCUUUAGUAUCAUAUAAAAAUGAGCAUGGAAUGGUUUUAUUAAUACUAUUAUCAUUACUUUAUAUAUUCUAUCAAUCUUUUCCAAUUUUCUUAUGGUGGAUGACUGGAACAGCUAGUAUUAUAACUAUAUUAAUAGGAGCUUUUUAUAAUUAUGCCUUUUCUAUUUUAUAUUGUUCUAUAUUAUCAACCAUAUCACCACUGAUUGCAUAUGCAAUCAUUGUGUAUUAUGGAAAAACAGUCAUAGAACAUUUUUUUAAGAAAUCUCUUAUACAAUUUCAAGAAAAAAUCAAAAAAAGAGUCAAAAAUAAAUUGGACUUAUUUUUUUAUAUAGCUAUUUUAAGAUUAACUCCAAUUUUUCCAAAUUCUUUAAUUAAUAUACUAGGAGCAACAUUAUCACUUCCUAUAAUUCCAUUUGUAUUGGCAACGUAUAUUGGACUUUUACCAAAUACUAUUAUAUUAGUUUCCAUAGGACAAGCCUUAAACAGAUUAUCUUCAGUAAAUAUGAAGCAUCAAUUUUAUGUACCCAUAACAUUUAUAAUAUUGUUGUUACUUUUUCAAAAAAUAGUAAGUAGUAAAUAUAAAGAGAUAAGUCUUUAG